AUUCUGCAAAUAGCAUGGAUCAGCCUGAACGAAGAAGAAAAGAAGAAAGAUGAGUAACAGGGGUACUGUACCGGCCGGGGAGAUACAGUUCAUUGGAGUGAUCAGUUCCUCCCUGAUCUCACCGGCGCAAGGGAUCCCACACUUUCUUCGUUCCCAUCGGCUCGGCGCGGAGCUGAAGUGUAGUCCUCGAGCGACGAACUUUGAUGACACCUGGAUAGAAACUCGAGAAGAGGAGGAUAAAUCAGCCCGGUUGAAAGGGGUAGGCAAUGAUUGAAAGGGCCUCAGCGCUAGCUCAGACACCGGAGUCAUCGGGGUCAUGACUCCCUCAUCCAAGGCCCUCGCUAACGCGGAAGCCAUACCUGAUAUUCCUCCGGAAUGGUGCGCGCGCAGCAGAGCUUC